CCGCCGCGCCUGCGCCAGCGGAAUCGGGCCCUUCACUUCCGGCAGCCACCAUGCGGGACGUCAGCGCUUUCCUGCAGCAGCAACAGAGCAGCGCCAGCGCCGAGCUCGGCCCCCACUGGCACAGCAUGGAGGAGCUGUACAACAAGAAGCUCUGGCACCAGCUGACCGUGGAACUGCUGACCUUUGUGCAGGAUCCCUGCUUCGCCACAGGUGACGGGCUGAUCAAGCUGUAUGAGAAUUUCAUCGGUGAAUUUGAACACAGGAUCAACCCUCUGUCCCUCGUCGAGAUCGUUUUACACGUGGUGCGGCAGAUGACGGAUCCUAAUGUGGCUUUGACAUUUUUGGAAAAGACGAGAGAAAAGGUCAAGUCGAGUGAUGAGGCAGUGAUCCUGUGUAAAACAGCCAUUGGAGCGCUGAAGUUGAAUGUGGGGGAUCUCCCAGUCACCAAGAAAACGAUCGAGGAGGUGGACGAGAUGUUGACCGCUCUGCCGGGCAUCACCACGGUGCACGGCCGCUUCUACGACCUGUCCAGCAAGUACUACCAGAUCGUCGGCAACUACGCCUCCUACUACCGCGACGCCCUGCGAUUCCUGGGCUGCAUCGACAUCAAAGAUCUGCCCGUGGCAGAGCACCAGGAGCGAGCGUUCACACUGGGCCUGGCCGGGCUGCUGGGGGAGGGAGUCUACAACUUCGGGGAGCUGUUGAUGCACCCGGUCCUUGAGUCUCUACGAACCACAGACAAGCAGUGGCUGAUCGACACAUUGUUCGCCUUUAACAGCGGCAACGUGGACCGCUUCCAGGCGCUGAAAACAUGCUGGGGGCAACAGCCGGACCUGAGGGCCAACGAGCUGCGGCUAAUGAAGAAAAUCCAACUGCUCUGCCUCAUGGAGAUGACCUUCACCCGCCCGGCUAAUCACCGGCAGCUCAGCUUCCAGGAGAUCUCGCUCAUCGCCAAGGUCCCCGUCACAGAGGUGGAGUUGUUGGUGAUGAAGGCGUUGUCGGUCGGGCUGGUCCGCGGCAGCAUUGACGAGGUGGAUGAGCGCGUGCACAUGACGUGGGUGCAGCCGCGCGUCCUCGACCUGCAGCAAAUUAAAGGCAUGAAGGAGCGGUUGGAUUGCUGGUGUGAAGAUGUGAAGAAUGUGGCGCUACUAGUGGAGCAUCAGGCUCAGGACAUCCUGACCUGACCCCCACCCAGAGGGGUUCACGUCCCAACUCCUGAAGCAACCGGUCAUGCGGGAGGGGGGGGGGGGGGGAGAGGGUGGGUGGUCUUGAGAGGCCUGGGGGGUGGGGGGGAGGGGCUUGAAGGGAGGGGGAGGCCAAACUUGUCAUACGUGGGUGUAGAAUUCUAGUUUGAUUUGUGUUCCUUGCCAAGUUUCCCAGGACAGUCAGAGACACACUGUCCCCUGGGUCAGAGACACGCUGUCCCCUGGGUCAGAGACACGCUGUCCCCUGGGUCAGAGACACGCUGUCCCCUGGGUCAGAGACACGCUGUCCCCUGGGUCAGAGACACGCUGUCCCCUGGGUCAGAGACACGCUGUCCCCUGGGUCAGAGACACGCUGUCCCCUGGGUCAGAGACACGCUGUCCCCUGGGUCAGAGACACGCUGUCCCCUGGGUCAGAGACACGCUGUCCCCUGGGUCAGAGACACACUGUCCCCUGGGUCAGAGACACGCUGUCCCCAGGGCCUGGGCCCGGCUGUUGCUGAGACCCCCCCCCCCCGUCACUGUCUUGCACCGCCAGCAUUUCCAGCUGCUGGUUUGUGGACGGCUCAGUCUGGCUCAGUCUGGCUCAGUCUCGCUCGGCCUCUGCACUUUGUUCCAGCGCCCGGGACGUAACGCUCCCUGUUUUUAAAAUGUUUUUUUUAGAUGUUAGGAGUGAAGUGGGUGGGAUUAAUAUUCACCGUCUGAGAUCUCAGACUUUUAAUAAAGUGUCACGCUCUCGA